AAAUACCGUCCAGCCACGUAGCAGUAAUGGAAGACUACUUGAAAAUAGAGAAAAUUGGAGAAGGUACCUAUGGGGUUGUGUAUAAGGGCCGGCACAAGGCUACAGGGCAGGUUGUGGCCAUGAAGAAGAUCCGUUUGGAGAGUGAGGAGGAGGGGGUGCCCAGCACUGCUGUCAGAGAGGUCUCCCUGCUACAAGAGCUCAAGCAUCCCAACGUUGUACGACUCCUAGAUGUCCUGAUGCAGGAGUCUCGUCUCUACCUCAUCUUUGAGUUCCUGUCCAUGGACCUGAAGAAGUACCUGGAUUCAAUCCCCUCCGGCCAGUACAUGGACCCUAUGCUGGUCAAGAGCUACCUGUACCAGAUCUUGGAGGGAAUUUAUUUCUGUCACUGUCAUCGAGUCCUUCACCGGGACUUGAAACCCCAAAACCUACUGAUCGACAACAAGGGGGUUAUCAAACUGGCAGACUUUGGCCUUGCUCGGGCUUUUGGUGUUCCUGUCAGGGUCUACACCCAUGAGGUUGUAACUCUUUGGUACCGGGCCCCAGAAGUCCUCCUGGGUUCACCCCGUUAUUCAACCCCUGUUGACGUUUGGAGCACUGGAACCAUCUUUGCUGAACUUGCCACAAAGAAGCCUCUGUUCCACGGAGACUCAGAAAUAGACCAGCUCUUCAGGAUCUUCAGGACUCUGGGAACCCCAAACAAUGAUGUAUGGCCAGAUGUAGAGAGUCUACCAGACUACAAAAACACCUUCCCUAAAUGGAAGGCUGGUAACCUCUCAUCAAUGGUGAAAACUCUGGAUAAGAAUGGGCUUGACCUUCUGGCGGUAAGGAAUGCAGCUGAACUGUAUUGGAAGGAGUUAAAUUGUAGUUAUUUAGGAAAAUAUUGCAUAAAAUGUUUCGGUUUGUACUCUUACCACGUGAGGUUAACACUGGACCUUGAAGGUUUCUUUCUCUCCAAACCAGCCAGUCAGAUAAAAGUCAUUGUCGAAACUAGUCUGAACUGUGAUGCCAUCUUCCACCCAAUGUUCCUGGACAGUUGCCAUUUUAGUCCGAGGCACCACAGGGAGCCUCCUGCUUCACCAUCUGCUACAGCAACUGCACGAGCAUGGACCGGGGGGGUGAUGCACACCAUCACCAGGUGUGAGCUGUACUGA